AUGCGCUAUACACUUUCAACAUUCCUCAUGGCACUGUCACUGGCAGCAGCUUGGCCUGCUGUUAUGGAAGCUGUGAACUCUGAGAAUCUACAAAAGCGACAAGGAUCGAUACCCGUUGUGCCUCCACCAAAGUUCACUACUGACCGUGACAACUGUGGAUCUCACGGAAAAUGUACUGUUUUCAACGCUCAGGACCAGCUUGUCAACGUUGCACCCGGCAGUGGGCAUGAAUGGCAGGCUCCUGGAACGAAUGACAAGAGAGGACAAUGCCCUGGUCUCAACGCCGCCGCCAACCACAACUUCUUGCCUCGCAAUGGUAUCGCAACAAUACAACAAACAAUCGACGGCCUUGGCGCGGCUUAUAGCAUGUCAACAGAUCUCUCACUGGCGUUGGCAGUCAUCUCCAUUGCAAUAUCUGGCGACCCCAUUGCUGGGAAAUGGUCUAUUGGUGGCGCAUUCCCAGGUACUUUAGGGCUCUUGGGGCAACCGACUGGUAUUGUCGGAACACAUAACCGUUAUGAGGGUGAUGCUUCAAUAGUCAGGGGUGAUGCCUACAUGCAUGGUGGAAAUGUCGGCUUCUUCGAGAUGCACAGGUGGGAGCGUCUCUAUGGCCUUGCGUCUUCCGAGGGUGGUCUCACCCACGACAAAGUGGCAUCUCAAGCAUAUUAUAACGCCCAAUACUCCAUCCAGAACAACCCAUACUACUUUUCGCUACCGUUCUCUGGUCUCGUUGCCCCGGACGCGCACAAUUUCGUCGUUCAUUUUAUGUCAAACCGUUCUGCAGAAAACAAGGGUGGCAUCCUGAACGGGGAGGUUCUCAAGUCGUUCUUUUCGGUCACCGGCGAACCAGGAAACUUCGUCCAUACUCCCGGACAUGAACGUAUUCCAAACAACUGGUACAAACGGCCAACAUCACAGCCUAUGAAUACAGUCGAUACCAACGUCGACACUGUCAUCAAUAAUCAAAUGUACCCUGGAAUUAUCCGAAUCGGUGGCAACACCGGAACCGUCAACUCGUUCGUUGGAGUCGACACUGGGGACCUCACCGGGGGUGUAUUCAAUGGACCCAGCUUGUUGGAAGGUAACAACCUGGCCUGCUUCUUCCUCCAGGCCACUCAAGCUGGCUUGGUCGACGCUACUAGUCCACUCCUUCAGCCUGUUGGCCAGAUCCUCGACUUCUUGAACAGCAACUUGGGACCGCAGAUCAACGCACUCAACUGUCCACAGCUUUCAACCUUCAAGAAUGGUCUCUUCAACCAAUUCCCGGGCGCCUCCUACAAAGCUCAGGGCCAGUAA